AACACCUGGGUGCUUCAGUGCUCUUCCCACUUUCUCUGUUCCGAUUCCAAGUCAACCAUGAAGGUAUUGAUGGUCCUGUCCUCGCUGCUGGCUGCUGCCCUCGCCGCAGGCGAUGCCAAAACUGACGCUGCCGUCGCCAAGUUCCAGGCCACCGUCAAAGCCCAGGUCGAUGUCCUUUUCAAAACCUCCGACACCAACGGGGACGGAAAAUUCGACCAAGCUGACAUGUCCUCCAUCUUCACUGAAUACGAUGCCAACAAGGACGGCUCAGUUAGUGAACAAGAAUUCCAGACCCGCUUCUCUGGGAGCCAGGGCGGCCUCUCUGUCAUCGGCAAAGGCCUCUUCCUGGAGCUGGACAUGGACAAGAGCAAGGCCAUCACCGCGUCCGACAUCAACCUUUACUUCAAGAAGAUAGACCAGAACGAUGAUGGUAACGUCAGUAAGCAUGAGUUUGAGCAAUAUUUCACCCAGCUCUUCACAAUCCUGUACAUUCUCCAGGCUAAAGCUGCCCAGGGUGUUACCACAGCAGUGUAACCACGUCGCUAUCUGUAGCAUUAUCCAGGAUCAAAAUAAACGAUGAACGCCUC